AUGGCCAACUACCGAGGACACAGCUUCCAGCGGGACAAGGAUGGAUAUGUGCAGGUGUACACGGAUGGUUCGUGCGAGGGCAACGGAACAUCACGAGCGGCCGCCGGUAUAGGGGUGUACUUCGACGAAGGACAUGCAUUGAAUACUUCCAAGCCGGUGAGCGGACGGGCCACGAACAACUGUGGCGAAAUUCAGGCCGCUUCUUCAGCCAUCAAGACUGCUCGUGAGAACGGCGUUCAGCGUCUGGCCAUCAACACCGAUUCAAAGUUUUUGAUCGAUUCUGCUACCAAGUGGAUGCCGGGAUGGAAGGAGCGCGACUGGACACUGGCCAACGGUGGUCCGGUGAAGAAUAAAGCCGACUUCCAGGAGCUUGAUCGCGAGCUGCGUACGGGCAAUAUACAGGUCAAGUGGAAUCACGUCGAUGCACACCGUGGCAAUCUGGGUAACGAGCGGGCGGAUCAGCUGGCUCGCAAGGGUUCCGAAAUGUAUCGGAACCAGCGACGUUAG